AUGGCUUACUUGAUUGGUGAAGAAUGCCAGAUAGCUCCCUCUGACGAUGCUUGCAAAUUCUUCUUCGUCCAAACAUUCCCAUUUCGUGAAACACAAACAAUGCUUGAUCGCGCACUGCAAGUAGCAAUUUGGUUUCAUUUGGGGAACACGAUAACACGUCUGUGGUCUCCCCUGCGAAAGCCGAAAUCACGCAGGACUUGCGUCACACAUGGUAGCUCAACGAGAUCUAGUACAAACUUGGAGCAAUGCCGGCGCGCUCUUGCAUCCGCCACAGCGAUAAAUAAGGGGGUUGUCUUAGACUUUCCGUCCACAACAUCCGCUACAAUGCCAAUGGAAGACUCCCUUACACGAUCCCCUAAUGAACCUGCCGCGUUGAUGUCGUCGAACAGAUUCUCCAAACGAUUGAGUGCAGUGCUUACAGCACGGACGGCAGUGGCUGAAGUCCAUAUCGCCUUGAAUGUCACGGCAUUUGUGCUAAGCUCAGUGGCGAUAUCGCUUCUCAUCCAUCUCAGUAGAAACUUAGGACGGCAUCUUUAUGCUGCAUAUGUCAGUGCAGGUUGGCUAGUUCUAUUCAAUCACAUCGAGAUUCUGGCACUACUGCAUCGAAGAUCGAAACAGGCUACAAAGAGAUCCCCAAAACCUGGAUGGUUGAACGUACUCGACAUCGCCACAGCGGCAUUGGUAGCCGCUUCGUGCGUACUCACGACUUUAGAACCGUCGACCUGCCCUGAGGCACCGAGAUCAAUCGAUCCGUGGAGGCUGGGUAUCAUCGGGUCAAUGGCCUUCGCUGGGGGUCUUCAUGUCGUCUUUGGCUUAUUUAUUUGGAUGGAAGACAGAAACAUGAUACCCUGGAUGGCCGGAGAUAAUACGCCGUUGGGCCAUGCUAUCCCGUCGGGCAUUUGGAAGCGAAGGGCCAUUCCACAUCUCGUGUUGGCUGUCAAGCACUGCCAUAAUACUCAGAUAUCAAGUGGUGUCUGGGGUGCCCGCACGCAGCGGGCAUUGAAUGCGGUUGGAGCAAUAACCCCAUUGUACAAUUUGCGGUUAGCUGUUCGAAGUGACGAAUAG